UUGAACCACUGAUGUACAUUUGAUGAUUUAAAAAAAGGAUUUAUUUAAGCAAAGUACACAUUUGAAGAAAGGGAGUGCUGGCAACGUCAGAGAGGAGGCAUGCUUAAAGGCUUAGGAUUUGUGUCUUCUAAAGAUUUCAAGAAUGGGAUUAAGGGCCGGGAGGUAUGUAAGCUUGACAUGUGGUCUCAUGAUGUCUAUAUCCGGUGAGAGACACUAUGUUACUAUCCAUACUCAGUCCUUUGGAUAUUCUCUAAGAUAAACUUAACACAGGGAAUUUAUUGAUCCUGGCCUUCUCCAAGCCUUAAGCAGUGGGGACAUACCAUGUAUGACUGUUUGUCCUGCCUUAGGGUUGGGUCGGUUGUUGGUUAACUACCAUAAAGUAUGUUAGGAAUCUUAACUCCUAACUCCCUGGUUUUUAAAUGGAAUCUUAGCCUUAUAAUGGAUUCCCUACUGUUUUUUUAAUUUAUAUCUUGGCAUUUUUCAUCAUAGGCAGGAAAAAUUAACCAUGUUUGUACCAUGUCUCUGCCCUACCGCAGUGUGAUUAUCAUUGGUUUAGAGGUUGCUAUUUAUUGGCUUAAAGAUAAUGUAUCCUGUAUGCUAGUUGAUUGUGAAAUUCCUGUAGUGAGGCUGUGUUAAAUAAUUUGCUGGCAAAGACAAAUUCAGUCCCUGAGCAUAAUUUUGCCCCAUGAAACAAAACAGCUCUUAAAAGGGUAAAAUUGCCUUUUUCAGGGCUAGGAGGAUGAAGAUAGGAUGUUGACACUGGGCCAGCAGUCUUGAGAAGUGGACAAAACUUAUAAAGCUGAGAAAGAGCACCUCAAGCAGAUCAAAUGUUAAACAUGGGCCCUCCCUAUGAUCACCUCACAUCUGGCCAACUCGGAACCAAAAUAUUGAUACUUCUGUUUAAGCUGGGAAAACCAAAUAUUAUUAAUUCAUCCAUUCCUGGUCCUGAAAAUACAAAACCAACACUUACAAUUAUUUUCGUAUUUAAUAUUAAGACAACUACCACCCACUCAGUGGUUGCUGAUUGUCAAGUUGUGCCCUAGGUUAUUCUCUCAUUUAAUUUUUCUAAAGUUGAAAGGGUUAACCCUCUGUGAGAACACUUAGGCUCAGAAGUGAAUUGCCUAGUUCCACGGGAGGGGGUGGGAGGAGCUGGGUUCACACACAAUGACUGUUGUAACAGAUCCUAGUACACUGUGGAUAAAGUGAAGGUUUCUAAGGCCAGGAUUCUCACCUCGCUCUGGUCCACUAGCUCACUACAUACGUGUGGGCAAUGCGUUGCUAUUGACUGUAUAUCGAGAUUCGCCCAGUGCUCUGGGCGACACGGUGGCAUGCCUGGUGGCAUGCCUGCAAGGCUGCAGGAGAGCAGAGAUUGGAGUAGUGGCAGCGCCGAGGACAGACACUUUGAGAUGGCUGCAGGGGUAGAGAGGCCCAGAGUCAGAGACCAGCUUGCUCCAUGCAGACUCGCUCUGAGUGGACGGGAUCCCAGUGACUGACCUGCCACGGUAGGAAUAAUGUUGGGUAUAUCCCUUUCACCCAAAGAACGUUCCAUUGUCAUUCCUCGGUCUCAUUGAAUCCACAGUGACUUGCCCGGGGCUGAAACCCAUUGGAAAGACAUACACCAUCUAUUUAAAGGUCCUAUUUAGUUCAAAUGUGAGCAGCAGACGUCUCCGCAGAAAAUGGGAAUAAACUGCACCCAACACGCACGGAAACCGAACAGAACCUAAACAACUGCGCCGCGGCGCCGGCGGCUGGUAGCUGAAAUAUGUCAUCCCUCUGCGCCGCCGCCUCGGUAGCCCCGCUUGGCCGAGGCGCAGGCGGGCGCCUGCUACGUUCUUCUGUGGCGCAAGAUGGCGCUGCCCUUUGCGCGUGCGGUGUUCCUGUGCCGCUGGGGAGCCAAACGAUGGGGGGUUUCCGCCGCGGAAGCCCGAAGGGGCGUCAGUUUCAAACUGGAAGAAAAAACCUCCCACAGCAGCCUGGCACUCUUCGGAGAUGACACAGGUGUCAAAUACGGCCUGGUGGGACUGGAGCCCACCAAGCUGGCCGUGAACGCAGAGCGCUUCCAGGAGUGGUGGGCAGUGGUGCUGGCAGACACAGCGGUCACCAGCGGCAGACACUACUGUGAAGUGACAGUGCAGCGCUCCCAGCAGUUCCGGAUAGGGGUGGCAGAUGUGGACGUGUCCCGGGAUAGCUGCAUCGGUGCUGACGAUCGUUCCUGGGUGUUCACCUAUGCCCAGCGCAAGUGGCAGACCAUGUCGGCCAACGAGAAAGCCCCUACUGAGGGCAUCCGGCAGCCAGAGAAGGUGGGGCUUCUGCUGGAGUAUGAGGCCCAGAGGCUGAGCCUGGUGGAUGUGAGCAGGCUUGCUUUGGUCCACAUUACAGACUUCCGGGGUCCAGCAGUGCCUGCCUUUGCCCUUUGGGAUGGAAAGCUGCUGACCCAUUCAGGGCUUGAGGUGCCAGAGGGCCUCCAGUAUGUCCAUCAUUGGAGUCCCUAGUCAUGCUCUUGGCCCGCUUCCUGAUACAAGUGUCUGAAACCUUUUAAUUUUCUCCCAAUUUCUAGCUCCCACAAUCCAAUUUUCAUUGGGUCUUUUGUGCAGUCUCUUAAGUCAUCUUCCUCCUCCCUACUCUGUGAGGGGUAGGCAUACAGCCACUCUCUUCCCUCCCCCAGAUUACCGCUAAUCUCCUGGGCUACUGAGUGUACUUUGCCUGACUUGCUUCCUUCAGUUCCUCUGCCUCCCUAUGCCCAUAUCUUCCUGCUAUACUGUCCUGGGUGUUAUCCUUCAGCUUUGUCUGAACUUAUUCAUCACUGUGAUACUGCUCCUUCCCUUUGCCAAGUCGGAUGUUCUUGGGCUCUACCAAAUCUCUCCAGUUAAUCAUUGCUACCUCUGGCUAGAGAGGUGGUGCAGUCAAUGACUUGGCCCUUUCUCUACAGCAGAGUCUGGGGUCUGGCUCCCUCAGGAAGAGCUGUACUGUGUGGGAGUGAGAACAGAGCCCUUCUUCCCUAGUACCUCAAUGCCAGAUUCUCAGCCCUAUGCAGCUGGAGCUCUCCCCAACCCAAGUCCAUCUGCCUUAAUCUGCACACCUCUGACCCCUCAAUUGUCAAAAUAAUUGGGCCAGUUACAACGUCGACCAAAGGGGAAGAGACCCUAGGAAGAUACUGAAUGGGUUGGUGCUAGAAACAUUACUCUUGCGAAGUUCCAUCUUCAUUUGUGCUAUAGUUGGAACUAUCAGAGGGAGCAGGGAAGCCUAGGGUCUUGGACAAUGCA